AAUUGCCCACAGUCGAGGAUAUUCUUCAUGGAGAAGAUGGGGUUGAUGAAGAAGGUACCCUUGUCCAAUAGACGACAGGAAUCUGAUGAAGAAGGUACCCUGUCCUAUAGACGACAGGAAUCUGAUGAAGAAGGUUUGGAUGGAUCUUCAAGCAUUGUGCAGAGUGAACCGCAUAAAAGAAGUACAGGAGAAAACAACAAACAUACCAAGAAAAGAGCCUGGACACAGGAAGAAAAUGACUGCCUGAAGAAAAAGUUUAAAUUUUAUUUUGCUGGUGUCAAAAGCGUCCACAAUGCGGACAUGGUGGAUGCUCAAAAACUGUGUCCAUCUCUUUGCCUUCGGACGAAGGCCCAAAUAAGGGCAAAACUGAAUAACAUGAAACUGGGGAAAUUGACUUAGGAGAUCAGAAAAAGUUCAAAUUUUAUUAAUGGUUUGUUAUAUCAUCAAAUUGCCUGUUGUCCGUGGUUCUCCAACCAUCCAUAAACAAUUCUUCUUACCACUAUUUCUCAGAAAGUACUGCAGGAAUCUUUCUCAAAUUUCAUUUGUAGAUUUCCCUUGGUCCCUAGUUAUGCAUAUUGUAUUUUGAGACUGAUUUAAAAAAAGAACUUGGCUACCAGACGGCCAUCUUGGGUUAUGAGAGCUGAAGUUUGUUAUCGCCAUUUCUCAGGAAAGUACUGGAGGGAUCUCCCUUGGUCUCUAGUUAUGCAUAUUAAAUUCUGAGACUGGUCAGAAAAACAUCAUAGCUGCCAGAGGACCAUUUUGGAUUUUGAGAGUUGAAGUUUAUCGCUUUCUCUGAAUGUGCUGGAGGUAUAUUUCUCAGAUUUGAUAUGUUGGGUUCUCUUGGUCCCUGGUUGUGCAUGUUACAUUUUGAGACUGAUCUUAAAAAGAAUAUGGCCGUCAGACAAUCAUCUUGGAUCGCUAUUUCUCAGAAAGUACUCUAGGGAUCUUUCUCAAAUUUCUUUGAGGGGACAAUGUCAAACAUAGUAGUGUGAAGUUUUGAUUAAAGCAACAAAAUUAUGUUUUCACUGUUGAUGUGAAUUGAACAGAUGGAAAAGAAUGGAAAAUAUCAAUAGAACUAAUGUAUAUCUUACAACGGUGGGCGCCAAGAUCCUUCUGAGUUCUCUUAGUUUCGCUUGUGUAAAGAAAAGCAUUCCCAAUGUGGACAUGGUGGAUGCUCAAAUAUUAUGCCCAUCUCUUUGACUAAAUCUGGUUGAAACUGAAUAACAUGAAACCCAGGAAAUACAAGUAGGCUGAUGUGUAUUUCAGUAUUAAAUUUAAAUUUACAAUGGUAACUUUAGUUCAAAUCCAUUGUGGUUCAGUUAUUAGCUCACCUGGCUUUACUAGUCAUAAAGUACUGAAUGUUUUUUAACGUGGUCAGAAACAUCUUUUAGGAAUUUCAUUGGAUUUCAAUUUAAGGGUCUGAUAAAAUUUUCUCAAACAUUCACUGUAAAUAAUGUCAGCAUUUUGUUUGGAUUACUACUUUUGUUUUGGUGACAUGCUGUUUAUAUGGGCAUAAAUUGUGUGUUGAAAGUUAUUGUCAGGUUUUAUGUUAAUGAUAUUGUUGUAGAUUCAUAAUUUUAUGAUGGAAUGUGAGCAUAUUUUUGUAAAUCUAUCUUUAAAAGGUAAAACCCAUACAUUACAUUUGCUCUUAGGAUUGGCUAAUAUUUAUCACAGCAACAACACCGGAUGUUGUCCAUAUACAUUCAAAACUUCAAUAUGUCCAGCAUCCAGCAUGUUGUUUCUUUUUGAAUGAUUUGUUGAUACAUUGACAUCAUCAGUGAUAUGUCAUGAAUUUAUUGAAAUUUAGAAGAUAAUUCUAGUUAAUUCUUGUUACAAGUGAAAUUUGAGUAUUUUACUUUUUUUUAAUCUACCAAGUAUCACUAGGCUCCUUAAUAAAUUCUGAAAAAUACCUUUCUUGUGUUCAUGUCAUAUUAUUUGGAUUUCUUGUACAUUCUCUUAACACUUAUAUUAUUGUGCUAUAUUUGAAGUGAUUGUUAUCAUUGGCUGUCAUUUACAUCUUUUCUUUAAGAAAGUGUGUUCUGAAAUUUUAAUUGGUACCAUGGAAAAUGAUUAUGUGUAUGUGGUAAAAAUUAUUUAGAUGAGAAAUAAUAGAUGACAUUGAUUAAGAUGGAAUUGAUUGUUUUGGGUUGCUAGUUAAAAAAAUUGUGCCAAAAUUUGUCAAAAUUAACCAAAUAUUCACAUCUGCAUAAUAUAUGCAAAGUAAAUAGUGCCAUUAGAGGUUACAUGGUAACUGUACAGUAGAUGAAAUGACAGAUGCAUUUUAUUUUAGUUGUAUCAGGGAUGUAUUCUUUGGAUUUGGGGGACCAAAGAAUUAAGGCCAAACGGUCCCAUUGUUUUUUGUUGCAUAUGUUUGUUAUGACACAGAUGGAAAAACAAGAUAUCCUGCAGGUUUCCAUUGAAAUUACGUUAUGCUGAUUUCAUUUUGGAAGUUUGAUAUUCCGAUUUUUUUAAAAGAAAUUACUGUACACAUCUUUCUAAAACUUCAUAUGCAGGCCUCCUUUCCUGUUUUUAUUGGCCCUACUUAUAGGGAAGAUUAAAAAGCAAAAAGAUCAAUCUUAUCAUAAAAAAAUCUUUUGGUUGGCACCAAUAUAUGACCUUGUGUUGGUAUUUUAGUUCAUUAAGUAUGUUUAAUAUCAUUGUAUGAAAUACUGAUU